CCCAACUACUUAGACCCAGGGGUCAAGUCCUGCAGGAACGUGUGGGAACUUAGCUCCUGCACUUUUUUCACAGCAGGAACACCAUUCCUAUUAGCAGGAGUCCUGCAGGACCGGCCCAGGAGUGGAAAUCAUGGGGGGAGCGGCGCCGAGGACAGAAUUCUGCGUGUCCUUAAGUAGCAGAUGUUGCACGGAGCCUGUUCCCAGCCGGUGAUCUGCCUCCGUCAAUGUGUGCGAAGCCGGGAGAGGGAUAAGAGAUGCAUCUGAUCGCCCACUUGGAGCUGCCACUCGUAUCCUCAUCAGAUGGGAAGAUGAGUUAGCCAAAAAGAUUUGUUCUUUUUAAUGUUUUUCCGUCUGGGCUUUGAUUUGGAUCCCACAGGCAGGCCCUGUGUGUGUCAUUCCAACAACUUCCCUCCCUCCAGUCGCUGCAGAUCAUGAGGUGCCGAAUUUAUAAAAGGAAAGUCAUCAUCCUCACUCUGGUGGUGGUCGCCUGCGGUUUGGCCUUGUGGAACAGCGGGAAGCAAAAGAAAAAUGACUUUGUUCAAGACCCAGAGGGGGAAAAAAUGCACAUCAGGGCGUACGUGUCGCCGGGGAUUAGGAAAAUGGUCAACGAGUCGGCGGUAGAGAAAGUACAGAAGCCAGAAGUGGAUAACAUCACCCUGGUGUACCGGUCUGUGGUUUUCCAGCUCAAUUUCGACCAAACCAUUAAAAAUCUGGAGACCAUAAAACGACCGGCGGAUGACGUAGUCGUAGUCGUGCAGGUUCACAAUCGUCCUGACUAUCUGCGCUAUCUCUUGGAGUCCCUGCGCAAAGCAAAGGGCAUAGAGAAUGUCCUGUUGAUAUUCAGCCACGAUUAUUGGUCCCCGGAGAUUAACCAGAUCGUGGCCAGUGUGGAUUUUUGUCAAGUGCUUCAGAUAUUUUUCCCCUUCAGCAUCCAGCUCUACCCGAAUGAAUUCCCAGGUCACGACCCCAAGGAUUGUCCGAGAGACAUAGAGAAGAAGGACGCCAUCAAGCUCGGCUGCAUCAAUGCCGAAUAUCCCGAUUCCUUCGGACAUUACAGAGAAGCCAAAUUCUCCCAGACAAAGCAUCACUGGUGGUGGAAACUGCAUUUCGUCUGGGAGAAGGUCAAGGUCUUGAAGGACUACAAGGGUCUAGUCCUGUUCAUCGAAGAAGAUCAUUACAUGGCCCCUGACUUUUAUUACGUCCUUAAGAAGAUAUGGAGCAAGAAGAUAGAGGAAUGCCCUGACUGUGACGUCUUGACCCUCGGCACCUAUGCCCGUCUCCAGUCGUUCUCUGAGAAAGCGGAUAAAGUAGAGGUGAAGACUUGGAAGUCUACAGAACAUAACAUGGGGAUGGCCAUGAGCAGGGACACCUAUCAGAAGCUCAUCCAGUGCACUGACGCCUUUUGCUCUUACGACGACUAUAACUGGGACUGGACCCUUCAGCACCUGACUGUUAAUUGUCUUCCUAAGUUCUGGAAGGUCCUAGUCCCCGAAGUUCCCAGGAUUUACCACACUGGAAGCUGUGGAAUGCACCAUAAGAAAUCCUGUAAACCUACAACAGAGAGUGCCAAACUGGAGGCCCUGUUCGCAGGCAACCAGAAUGACUUGUUUCCAGAAAACAUGGUGAUCAGCAGGCGAUACUCAAUGGCGGCUUUGUCGCCUCAUGUGAAAAACGGGGGCUGGGGAGACAUUAGGGACCACGAGCUAUGUAAGAGCUAUCGCAGGCUGCAGUGAUACGGACCUCUAUGAUAUUUUUAAGUUUGUACUAUGGCCUUCCGAGUGACGGAAUAUUAUACCAGUUUAUGCUCUAAUUUCAAUAACCAGUUUUUGUCAAAUGUCGUCCCCAUGAUUGUCCGUCCGUUUCUAUCCGCGUGGAAUCUGAUGAGAAGAACUUGAUUUCUGCCUCUUUGUAUCUUAAUACUAAUGAGAUUUCGGACUUGCAUUAUGUAUAACAUGGCCAUUCAGAUCCUUUUUUUUUCGAAAUAAAUGAAUAUGAAGUGA